AUGGCUGAUUUGAUAAGUAGUCUUUCAGACGACAUCAUUUGUUAUAUUCUUUAUUUUCUUCCAUCCCAACAAGUUGUUGCAACCAGUGUUCUCUCCAAGCGCUGGAAUCUUCUGUGGCGUUCAGUCUUCUCUUUAGAUUUCAACGCUGAUAAUGAAGAUUUUUGGGGUCUUAGUUACCAAAAGACUUUCAUUACGUUUUAUAGCUCGGUGUGCUCUUUCUUGGUUGGUCGUGGAGAUCAACCCUUCUAUAGAAUUAGUCUCAUAGGUUACUCUUCCAUUGAUGGUAUUAUUGAGAGUAUCAAGACACAGAUUCGAACUGCAGUGAGUGGGAGUGAUAGAGUUCAAAUCCUCGACAUGAAUUGUGGUUAUGAAAUUGUCAUUCCAUCUGCGGUGUUUAGCUUUAAAAGUCUUGUAACUCUCAAGUUGAAGUACAUAACAGUGGAAGAUAUUUCAUUGGUUGAUUUGCCCUCGCUUAAGAUCUUGCAUCUAAAAAAUAUAAAAGUUAAUCUUUCACAACUUCUUUCUGGGUGUCCUAAUCUUGAGGACUUAAAAGUCAAGCAUUUGACUUGUGAAACUACAGGAAAGUUUAUCGGAUUGCCCAAGUUGGUCAGAGUCCGGAUCGAUGAACUCUUCCUUCCAUUGGAAAUAUUUAAGGAUGUUGAAGUUUUUAAAGUUGAUUGGAUAUUUCAACCAAACAAUUUUGACUUUCAGAAUUUAGUUCAACUUAAAUUGAUUGUGGGCCUGGAUUGGCUUCUGCUCUUGGAAGUGCUCAAUCAUUGUCCCAAGCUUCAAAGUCUUGUCAUUUGCAUUUUUAAGAACGAUGUUCGUUAUUUUCAGACCUUAAAUUUUCCGGGUUAUGAAGAAGAUGUUUGGCCAUACCCACAAACUGUUCCUGCAUGUAUUUCAUCACACCUUAAAACCAUCCGUCUUACACGUUACAGUGGCUCUAAAGAUGAGUUUCACUUUGCAAGAUAUAUAUUGGAGAAUGCAAAAUAUCUACAAACCAUGGAAAUAUGCUUUGAUGAUGGUUAUGAUUUAAUGGAAACAAUGGAAAGAGAAUUAUCUUCUUUCAGAUACUUGCCCCGUUUCGUUUUCAUUUGA